GUUUCAGCUGAGACACGGAGGAAACCAGCUGGAAACUCAGCAGGUCUGGCAGCGCUUUCACAAGCUGCUUAGUUUGGAUUUUGUCGUAAUCCUGUAUUAUGAGUGAGAAGGUGGAGUAUCUCCAGCAUGUCUUCUCCCGUCUUCACCGACAUCUUUCAGUGUAAAGACACUGAGCUCCUGAAAGGGUUUUCCUGCUGCACUGAUGAUGGCCUGAAUGAAAGCUUGGAUGGGAGCUCAGCAGAACUGACUGAUGUGUUUGAAGAGGAAGGGUGUGAGACUGAAGUCUGGACUCCACCAGCAAGUGAACUCGGAUGCAAAAUAGCAGCCCAGCUUGAGUUCUACCUCUCUGAUGAGAAUCUCGAGGCUGAUGCCUUCCUGUUAAAACAUGUCCAGAGGAACAGUAUGGGUUUUGUCAGCCUAAAGUUGCUGACCUCGUUUAAAAAGAUACGUGAUCUGACACGUGAUUGGCGCACUACUCUGGCUGCUGCCCAAACAUCUCCACACCUUGAGGUGAACGAUCUGGGAACUAAAGUAAGACGGAAAACUCCGAUCCCUGACCGCCUGCUCUGCAUCCCCACCACUAAACUACUGCUGGUGUGGAACUUCCUGCUCAAUGCCGGUUCUAAACUUAAGGACUGCGAUUCAUCUAGAACUGAGCAACAAGGGAUCAUGGAGACUGCCAUGCACAUGUUUGGUUCUCAUGGCACAAUCACUUCUCUUCGUAUCCUUCGUCCAGGAAAAGAAGUUCCAGCAGAGCUCAAACGCUAUUCCAAGAAACACACCGAGCUCGGACGCAAGCUGUGUGCUGUGGUGGAGUACGAGUACCUGGAUGGGGUUCGUAAAGCAUACGAAAUCCUAAAAGCGCAGGAACAGGCACAAGGUGGGAAAGGUAUCCGCGUGGUUCUCCUCAGGAGCCGAGGAACACGGAAGCAAGAGAGCAGCCUGGGCCGAGCAGACGAGGAGUCUGAGGAGGGCACUGAUCAUGACUUCUCAACAAAGCGGAACCGGAAGUCCAAGAAGCACUUGUACUGUUUGGAAGAUUCGGUUUUAUACAGUUCCUCAGAGUCUGACUUCGCUCCAGCUUCACCACGUCCUAACCGCAGAGUCUCUCGCCCUCAGGCUCAGUACGGCAGCCCUCUGACCAUCCCACGUGUUUCCCUUUCCCAUUCCGACCCUUACAGAAACCCUCUGGCCAGUCCAGUGGGAAGUCCUCUCCUCCCACACAAGCUCUUUCUUGGUGGUCAUACUGCCUCACCACUAGCUACUUCUCCAUUAAGCAGCACUCCCACUUCAGUCUGCCUAUCAUACAACCGGAGCAGGAGCUCAGGAGAUUUCUCUCAGGACAGCGCAGGGUACGGUGGGAGUCCGUGGGUCCAACGGCGCCGAAAUGCUGCACAGGCGUUUUUUCUAGAGAAAAGCUGCACCUUGAGCCCAGAUCCAAUAAAAGGUGCCAUUGGUGUGGAAGUUCUGCGCCAGCCGCUGGGUCCUGAUGGAACUAAAGGGUUCCACAACUGCAUUGGAAGAGGAAAAGUUCUGCUGCCUCACUGAUCCUCGCAUGUGGAUGUGUGAUUUUCCUCAGUGUGUUUUAGGAUCAAGGAUCAAACGUUUCAUGGAGCUUUUGAUUGUGGAGAUGGACAAGGGUUUUUUUUUUUUUUUUUUUUUGAUUAAAAAAAAUAAACAGCUAGAAUAACAAAAUAGUUUAUUAAUGUAGAAUAAAUAAUUCCAGUGAUCACAUUUGAGGCACCAAUUAACUCUGUAGAAAAGAAACAGUAACACACACAUGCCUGGAUUACACAAGCACCGUGCCAUGAUGCAGUAGCACUUCACCUUCGCAUAAACCAGAGUAAAAUAUUUCAGU